CACGAAUACUCGAUCGGAUUCGCUCUAUCGAUACAUCGGAUUGUUUCCUCCUCGACAGCGCCCUUUAUCGUGCGCACUACCCUCUACAUCCCCGAAUACGAGCGACGUAAGCCGUCAAGAUGACGCUCAAGGAGGAGUUUCAGACGCGCAACUUUAGCAUUUAUGGACAAUGGAUUGGCAUCUUGUCCAUGAUCAUCUGCUUGGCAGUGGGAAUCGCCAACAUCUUUUCAUUCAACCCCGUCCGCAUCAUCUUUUGCGCACUCGCAAUUGCGUCGGCAUUCGUCAUCCUAUUCAUCGAGGUUCCCCUGCUCCUCCGAAUCUGCCCAACCUCGGGCAAGUUUGACGAAGUUAUCCGCAAGAUCUCGACCAACUACAUGCGCGCCGGAGCCUACGGUGUCAUGUCCACGCUGCAGUUUGUCAGCAACGUUUCUGGCGCCAGCAGUCUGAUUGCCGCCGCCGUCUUUUUGCUGAUCGCUGCCCUCUGCUAUCUCCUUGCCGGCAUCAAGGGCCAGGCCUUUGUCGGCAGCAAGACCCUCGGAGGCGCCGGUGUUGCGCAGAUGAUUGUGUAAUGCUGCUCCAGACCGAACGCGACGGCAACGAUCGAGGGAGACGAGACUGCGGCAAUGUAUCCGCGUGGUUAUGGGUGAUGGUACUCAAUGAUUUACGGUUACUCCGGUGACCUGUAUACCCGGCUGGAAUUCGGCGUCUGGGAUGAGGAACGGUUACGCUUGUAGUGUUUUGAGGGUUGGUGCUUGUUCGAGUUUAGAUGUAAAUUGAUUCACGUUCAUGGAAUGCAAAAGCAGACGUU